GAACAACAGAUGACAACGCGUUUCUUCGAGAGAGGAGAGCCCACGAAAUUCACGUCAAUGACGCGAUGCCCAAACGAAAUUCGACGACCUGGACAUAGAGACACGGCCUACGUUACGCAGCUUUUUGGGCUUCCUAGCCGCGGAUUGAUGUGACCUGAUAUAGGCGCAAUUACAAUAAUGAGCGUUAUGAUUGACCUGUAAACAAUAGCAGUCGACUUGUUAAGAACAGCAGGGCACAGCAUACAGAUACUUGAACGCAAGGAGUCGCGAUCCUUUGGCCUUUGACUGAGCAGCGCUCUUCUCUUCGAUAUCGACUUUCUUCCAAACGCGUGCAGAACCAGACGAACAGGGAUAAGCAUCACCUUACAAUAUGAGAGGAAAUCUGUGGCACCACGCCUGAUCAAAAGCUAGUUUGAAAUAUGACCGUCCACUCGAUUUGUGGUGACAGCGUGCAGAGCAGGCAUAGACGCGGGGACCGUCACAUAACAGAGGCUUCACGAAAGCAAUUCUUUCGUAAUGCAUGCGCCCAUGAGUUUGGCCUUGCCAGGUCUGCUUUACAUUUUUCUAUUCUUUCGGUCUUCACACCAUCACCAUCGCGGAUCAGAUGCGGGACCGCCACUAAAAUGCGCCAUGCACUACAAGUCAAGUACACCAUUCCGGCCUUUACUGCUAAAGGAGACAUGGAUGCAUGGAAACAGCAGUUCGGAUCCAAGCUAGCAGGUGUUUUUCCAGGAAUAGUUCAGCCAUUUACUUUAAUCGCUUGAAAUGGGUGGUUAGGG